CGUGCGCGCGCAGAACGCAUCUACAACUUCCAACUCCUUCGAUCCCUCCCUAGAGACACCAGACUGAACCGCCCAUCGCGAACUGUAUGCUCUCUUCCAAUCUAACCUCGCAACGGACUGUCGGUCUUACUCCCCUCGUCUCGAAACUCCCCUGCUCUCCCGCAUCUUCGACUGGCAGAAGCUCGGCAGAGUCGAGAAGGCUCGAUUAACGGACGGCGCGCGGCGCGAGCGAGUCUGGAUUGAAUCCCUCGCGACACCAGACCCAGCAAUCGCCAUCAUUUGGCCUGCACACAAUUGAAAAGAAGAACACAAGAGAAGAUAGGAGGAGAGCGACAAAGAGACCGGCUCUCCCCGCUAUCCCCUCCCGCACGGGCUGGUUGCCCUUCAGAUAUAUGAUAACCUGCCUUGCAACCCUCGACCGCCCAUAAUGCCUCCCUCAUCCAAGCGUGCUCAAAGAGUCCGCCGUGACGUUAAUAAAGACGUCGAUAUUCCGGACUCCUCUCCCUCCCGACCGGCGAAGAGAAGAAAGAAGAUCGCGGAACCCCUCGAGAAACCUGCUCCAGAACCGAGCAAGCUACCACGAGACCGAUCUGGUAUUCCAAUGACUGAUGACGAACUGAUCACUGCUGUUGUCCCUUUUCUAGCCAUGCCGCCACAUUUUGUGCAAGCCAGCCAAGAUCAUGCGAACUCACUCCACGAGAAACAUAGCAAGGCUGGGGUUCAAGCGUACGCAAAGCUUGCAGGGAAGGAUUGGACAUUCUACGUGAAACAGCUCCGGAACAAUAUUGGACGGCCGCCAGAGGGCUCCAAUCCUCCACCCGGACAGCGGGCCUCUCCCCAGCUUAACGGAGGAGCCCUGCCGGAUGCUUCGGCCGAAGAGAACAGAAUCCAUAUUGACCUUGGUCCUAGUAAGAUGGUUUCUAGACUGCACGCUGAGAUAUAUUUCGACCCCGAAUCCGAGCGAUGGAAUAUCCAUGUCAAUGGGCGCAAUGGGAUUCGAAUCAACAACGAUGCUCUUCGACGGGGGCAAAAGCACAAGCUUGUCAGCGGCGAAAUAAUUGAAAUUGGCGGGGUCGAGAUGAUGUUUGUUUUGCCCGAAGAAAACGGAAGUCUCAAGAUAAAGCACGAAUACCUGCUAAGAGCUGGCCUCGUCCAGACGGACGAUGACGAGACCAACGAUGGAGAGCCUGCUGUAUCGACCUCUCCAGCUCGCCCCUCCUCAUCCGGGGUGGCCUCCUCACGUGGUCAGAACGGCUUACCCGGCCCCCUGCCAAUUGCCCCGGCUCCCCCAGACUACAAGAGACCCGGAACUCCUGUCAGUGCUCGCACCAAGGCUCCAUAUUCUACCGGCAAAUCUCCGGCUUAUGCCAAUGGAGGCACCAUCCUCAUGAAUGCCGAUGAUAUUGAUCUGAGCCUCGAUUGCAAUCAGCACAUCAAACCUUCUUACAGUUAUGCACAGAUGAUCAGCCAGGCUAUUCUUGAUACCGAAGACGAGAAAUUGAAUUUGAAUGGCAUUUAUAAUUACAUCAUGGAUAAGUACGCUUAUUACAGGCAUCAACUGGGUGGUGGCUGGCAGAAUUCUAUUCGUCACAAUCUGUCUCUGAAUAAGGCCUUCCACAAGGUGGCACGCACGACCGACGAACCGGGCAAGGGUAUGAAAUGGUGUAUUGUCCCUGAGGUCCGUGACGAGAUGGCAAAGAAUUGCGUCCGAGGGGGACGUGGUGGCCACCGAGGUUCUUCCGUACCAGGCUCGCCCAGUAGUCUUGGGUAUUUGACACGAGCUUCUAGAGAUACACCAGGAUCCGCCCAAAAGCGGUCACCACGCUCCAGGUCACCCCAACUGAGCUCAUAUCCGUCCAACGCUCCGCAGUUUACACCGGAUAGGGGGGGAGGCGUUUCGACCUCUCUUCAAGAGCACCUUCCUGGUGAUGGCAGCCCGUUACCACGUCACAGAAGACCACACAGCAAUGCGUUCGGUCUUUCUGACAAUAUUCCAGGCUCCCCCCCGGUACUCUCUUCUUCAUAUUUGCAGGAAGACGGCAAUUCUCUCGUUACACCCGCCCCCCACCGUGUCCAUCCUCGCCUGGCGCCUCCAAGCACGGCACAGAGACCUAGUCAGCACAUGCCUACAAGUUCCCCAGCUCCAUUCUGGAAAUAUGCCGAUAUCGGAAACACACCCCUGAGAGGGUCAACUUUCGAUUCAAGUCCUAUAAAAGGAUCAAAUGCCGCCCCUGCUAUGCCGCCAAGCAGUAGUCCAGGUCCUGCUCUAACUGCCAGUCCGACGAGAAAUGGGCUUUCUGCGAAUCGAGACUUACCGAAUGUCGAGGAACUUGAUGAUGAUGACCAAGGUUUCGAUCUUACUAAGGGCUUCCAAAGCAUCGGUGCCUAUCAUGCACCCGCUAAUAAUGGUAUUGCUGUUGCCGGUGCUCUCAGGAGCCGUUGA